CUGCGCAUGUGCUGAUGCCGCAUGUUUUGGAAGAGUAGCACAACUGUUAGCUUUGAGAUGAAAUUAUGCGUAUUUAAACACUUUAUUCAGGCAUUUCUUGUAUCUUAUGUUGUUGUCGAUGAUUUGUCUUAGUUUUGGACGUUUUACAGCAGAUUGAACGUAAUUAUAAACCUGGAUAUUUAGUAUUUUAGCCAGAUAAAGCAGUGAAAGCAUGGCUGCAGUGUUGGAACUAGUCGCAGGGAGUUACGAACAAGUGGUGUGCGGGUACAGAGUGAAAACCGAAGAAAAGGAGUGGAGGGCAGAGGCAGACUUCACCCAUCACACUCACAUAGCCUCCAUCUCGGCCAUCGCCUCCAGUGAGCGCUUUGUCGUCACCGGGAGCAAAGACGAGACGAUUCAGCUGUACGACCUGAAGAAGAGAGUGGAGCAUGGGGCACUGCUGCAUCACAACGGUACAGUCACGUGUCUGGAGUUUUACGGUUCGUCUCAUUUACUGAGUGGAGCAGAGGACGGACUCAUCUGUGUCUGGACCACUAAGAAAUGGGAAUGUCUCAAGUCCAUCAAAGCUCACAAGGGCUCUGUCUCGUCCCUGUCUGUUCAUCCUUCGGGGAAACUUGCACUUUCAGUCGGCACAGACAAGACGCUCAGAACGUGGAAUCUCGUCACUGGACGCUCAGCCUUCAUCAAAAACAUCAAACAAAAUGCACAUAUCGUCCGGUGGUCACCAGAGGGCGACAGAUACGUGGUUGUGAUAAAUGAUAAAUUGGACAUUUACGACACUCAAACAGCUUCAGUGACAGGAACAAUUUCCAACCCAAAAAGGAUUUCCUCUAUCAACUUUAUCAAUAAUUCAAUGCUGGCUGUUGCGGGAGACGAUGAAACUGUACGACUGUGCGACAUUGAAAAACAGCAAUGGGUUUGUGAAUUCAAGGCUCACGAAACAAGGGUAAAAGCAGUGGACAGUUUUAGUUGGGAGGAUUACACUGUAGUGGUGACUGCUUCGAAUGAUGGAUUCAUCAAAUUGUGGAAACUACAGCUAAAAGAGGAGCUAGAAUCUCCCACUCUUCUCGGGGAAGUGAACACAUCCGCUCGACUCACCUGUUUAGCCGUUUGGAAACCAACGUCACUGAAGAACAAAGAGGAAACUCAAGAUGAAGCUACGACAUCUAAAACAGAAAUACCCAGUGAUCUGCUGAGGCCAAAGAAAGUGCGAGUGAUGGAGGAGGUGAUUAUUGAAGACGAGAGUAAACCGCCCAAGAAGAAGAAGAAAAAACAAUCUGCCAAAUAAACACAUUCUCUGGGUCAAAUAAAGUUUAUUAUAAAACAUAAA